UGCAUGAAACAAGGGAGGUAAGAGACCCUUGAUAUGUUCCCUGUGUAUUCUAGUCUCUAAUGUGACAGUGGAAACUUGUGGAGGGUUAGUCUUGAUUUUAUUUUGCAGCAUAGCAUUUCUGCUGGCAAAAACACAGUGUUACUUUCGUGAAUAAACCCUUUGCAUAGGGAUCAUUUUGUUUUUGAAUAAUAAGUCCUGUGAUUGUCGUCACCCAUCACUGAAGUAACUUUUUCCUACAGGUUCCAAUGCCUGAACUACUUGUUCCUGGUGUCCUGUUCUGACUUCAUUUUGCUGACUCAAACCGCAGAUUCCAAGGAAAGGAGGGGAAAUGGAAUAAAAUACUCAAGUGCCAGAGGAAAAGCCGUACUACCCAAUGAAAAUUACUGUUACUAAGCUGUAGAGUGCUCUCACUUACACGUAGGGGGAGAAAAAUUGCUGUUGAUUCAAAGCUUAUGAAAUUACUUCUGCAGACUUUCCUCACUGAACUUCAAAUAGACUAAAACCAUUCAAGUAGGGUUGAAAUAGGAAAUGGAAAUAUGACUCCUUGCUGGCGUCUUCCAUCUUCCUCACCCUCUGCAGGGCUUUUCGUUUGGGGUAGGAAAUCCUGAACAAAUUGUAUGGCGUCAACCAAGCUUACAGUUGAUGGUUAUGGAUGACAUAGGAACUUCAGAUUUAUGUAUCUGCAAUGACACCUGAUUAAGGCAAAGGUCAAAAACUGCUCAUCAGCUACUUUAUCAAAAUUGUAGUAACUAUUGUGGUCAUGCUUUCUUUGUCUUUCUAAGAUUUGAACUCUGGGGUGAUGUUCCCUGAAAAGCAUGAGGAGAUAAGUCAUCAUUUUGAAUUGGAAGUGGUAGUAAUAUGAGAAUGCCCAGAAGAGGCUUAGUAAUUCAAGCCAGGACUCGUUGGCUAUUAGUGGGUCUUGCUUUACUAUUCAGUUUAGUCUUGCUCAUGUAUUUGCUGGAGUGUGCUCCACAAACAGACGGUAAUGGAUCUCUGCCUGGUGUCGUAGGCGAAAGCAUGGGUAAAGAAUACUAUCAAGCUCUCUUGCAGGAACAAGAAGAGCAUUAUCAAAACCGAGCUACCAGUCUGAAACGUCAGAUUGCCCAGUUAAAGCAGGAGCUUCAGGAAAUGAGUGACAAAUUGAAAUCCCUGCAGGAAAAAAAGAGCCCGAGGGUCAAUGGUAUGAACUACCAGGGCACCAAAGAACAAGCAUCCAAUGAUCUCCUAGAAUUUCUUCAUUCACAGAUUGACAAAGCUGAGGUGAGCGUGGGGGCUAAACUGCCUAGUGAAUAUGGUGUCAUUCCUUUUGAAAGCUUUACGUCCAUGAAAGUAUUUCAGUUGGAAAUGGGGCUCACUCGGCAUCCAGAAGAGAAACCUGUUAGAAAGGAUAAGCGAGAUGAAUUGGUGGAAGUUAUUGAGGCUGGCCUAGAAGUUAUCAAUAAUCCAGAUGAAGAAGAUGGACAAGAUGAAGAUGAUGGAGUAGGAGAGAGGCAGCUGUAUAGUGAAAAUGAUUUCAUAGAAGGUUACUAUCGUACAGAAAGAGAUAAAGGUGCACAGUAUGAGCUGUUUUAUAAGAAGAUGGAUGGCAUGGAAUACAGACAUGUCACCUUGUUCCGACCUUUUGGACCCCUCAUGAAAGUGAAGAGUGAAACAGUCGAUAUUUCUAGAUCAAUCAUUAACAUUAUUGUCCCUCUUGCUGGAAGAACUGAGGCAUUUGCACAAUUUAUGCAAAACUUUAGGGAUGUGUGUAUUCAUCAAGAUAAGCGUGUUCAUCUCACAGUGGUGUAUUUUGGACAAGAUGGGCUAUCAGAAGUAAAAGGCAUCCUAGAAUCUGUAGCUAGAGAAACAAGCUUCCACAAUUACACACUUGUCUCUCUGAACGAGGAAUUUAACCGAGGCCGAGGACUUGACGUGGGUGCCAGAGCCUGGGAAAAGGGCGAGGUCCUGAUGUUCUUUUGUGAUGUUGAUGUUUAUUUCACAGCUGAGUUCCUCAACAGUUGUCGCUUAAAUGCUGAGCCUGGGAAAAAGGUGUUUUAUCCUGUGGUAUUCAGCCUUUAUAAUCCUGCUAUUGUCUAUGCCAACCAAGAUAUACCACCCCCUGUGGAGCAACAAUUGGUACACAAGAAGGAUUCUGGUUUCUGGCGGGACUUUGGCUUUGGGAUGACUUGUCAAUAUCGGACAGACUUUCUGACUGUUGGGGGUUUUGACUUGGAAGUGAAAGGCUGGGGCGGUGAGGAUGUUCACCUUUACAGAAAGUACUUGCAUGGUGACCUUAUUGUGAUCAGGACACCGGUCCCUGGUCUCUUUCACCUCUGGCAUGAGAAACAUUGUGCAGACGAACUCACUCCGGAGCAGUAUCGCAUGUGUAUCCAGUCCAAAGCCAUGAAUGAGGCCUCUCACUCACACCUGGGGAUGCUGGUCUUCAGGGAGGAGAUCGAGACUCACCUCCGUAAGCAGGCUUAUAGGACUAACAGCGAAGCAGUGGGUUAAAUGUCAACCCUGUGGCUUUUGAUGACUUCAAAUUCACAGUGAACCAGCACCAUUUUACAGCCUUAAUUCAGCUUAACAAUGCAGUGCCUCUCUUUUUCAGUGAAGAGUUUAAAGGGUUUUUGGUUCUUAUAUUUGUUUUCCGAGUAAUUCUUUGACUGUUAAGCUGUUACAUAGAUAUCUUGCGCUGUUACCUAGAUAUCUUGCAAGUUCAAGCACCUCUAAUAAAUUGGAAAGUGUAUGUAGUUCAAGGAAAGAGACUUCAGUAUGGAUUGGAAAAAUCAGUGGAAUGUACAAUUCAACACUUUUCCACAUGGUACAUUUCAAUUUUUAUAUUUGCAUUAUUUUAAGAAUUAAAUAAUCUUUCGUGUUGUCUUGAGUAUUUUCAGUCUGUAUGGCUCACUGCACUGUGAUUUUAGAAGGACGCUAUACUUACACUCCAUCGCAGAAACAAGAGAAAGGUGUGAAAAAGAAUUUCACCGUGGAAGUUGUACAGGAUGUGCUGACUGGUACGUCAACUGUUCAGGUUGUUGAUUUCACAGCAAGGGCUUGGUGCUGCGUUUGCUGUAUUAACAGACAUUCACGUGGUUGAAGAUAGAAUAAUUCAUGGGGUGGAGGGGAAUGAAAAUCUUUAAGUGGAAUUUUAGAGCAUAUAAUGUAAUUUCACACUUUAAAACAGACACAACCAUCUUAUCUCCGUGAUGGAUCAGACGAGUUGGGAACAUUUUUCCAGUUGGGCGUUUCUGAGUCUGGUCUUUUCCCGCAAUAGAAGCCACAUCACAGAAUCCCUUCUAUGAACUGAGCUAUGCUAUUAAACUCAUUUGUUUAAAGAUUUUUGGCUCCACUCCUCCUUAUUCGAAGUUCCUGUGUGUACAUCUCAUCCUUUAAGUUGAGGAACCAUGUUUUCAUUCCCAUAUAAAUUUAUUAGAGGCUCAUUUGCUAUUAUGCCAGUAUUGUCCUUUUCUUUAUUUUUCUGGCAUUUUCCUGACAUGUUUUUGGAAGGCCAUCGUACACUCUCAGCUAUUUCUGUGACUGAAAAAGCAAAUGCUAUUGCAGUCUUUCCUCAUACAAUGGUCUCCAUUCCCCUGAUUAUCUUUGUAGCCUUAUUCUUCACUUUUUCAGUUUGAGGGCAUUGUUGGGGUGUUUUGUUUUGGUUUGGUUUUUUGAUGGGGUUUUUUUUGUUUGGGUUUUUUUUUUUUUUUUUUUUUUGUUUUUUAUGCAUGCAUAAGCAGAAUUAUGCUGUGGUCUCAUUAGUGCCUUGUAUAAUGGCACUACUACUUUGCUACUUUCCUUUUGGGUAUUUUGGGAUGCAUAAGCAGUUUAAAUCCAGGCAGGUGAUUUUUCUCCAUGGUGUCUUAUAUGCUACCAUAUGGCAUGCCUCAUUUUUAAUGCACAUGUUUAUAGACUGAAUGCCGAGAAUGCUAAUUCAGUGGUUAAACCAUUUGCAUAGUUUCCACUGAUUUUGGAAAUGAGUUAAAAACGCUUCUCAAACCAGGUAAUAAAGGUCUGUUUAUGAAUUCAAUUUGCUUCAAGAAUUCUGAAGGCAACUAAAGAUAUAAAUGGUUGAUUUCUGAAUAGCAGUUAUGCUGUGCAAAUACUUGCGGCCACUGAUCCUUUUUAUAUGUACAUAAAAUUUGCCUUUAUGUAACUUAUUGUGGAGAACAGUGUACUGUAUUGUACUUAGAGUGAAGAGAAUGCAUUGCAAGACUUCUUGCAAUUGAUAUUCUCAAUAUAAUAAAUGGAAUUUCUGCAUUU